ACGAGGCCAGGCGAAGGUAUACGUGACCAAGAAAAACGAUCCUGUCAUCUCACGAUGGUAUAAGCAAAUUCCUCCAGUAAAAACUCGACUUUCACGUUGCUGCUACUAUAGUCUGUCGCACGCCGCAUGCAUGCACCACCAAUCGCGCGCUGUUCUGCCAUGGCACUGCGAUCACGAAAGGUGACCUCACAGCCAUGUAGCAAGCUUCGCCGAGCCGUGGAUGAGCUGGUCGCGGCCCAUAAGGUCGUUAUCUUCGGCCGAUCCGGUGACCAGUCGUUUGAAAAGGCUCAAGAAAUUUUCGCGAACUUGAAAGAGGACUUCCUGCCAAUCGAACUCGACAACGAAGAACACACAGACGGUCUGAGAAACGCCUUGUUCCAGAAGACGCUCCAGAACAGCGUACCUCAGGUCUUUGUGAGCGGUCAACUUUUAGGCGGAACCGAGAACGUAGAAAACGCACUUGAGACUGGUGUCCUCCAACAACUGCUAUCGAUGGGUAGCAGACAAGAGCUCAACUAUGAGUACGAUCUCGUCGUCGUCGGUGGAGGACCUGGAGGAGUGGCUGCUGCCAAGGAGGCCGCGAAACUUGGCAAGAAGGUAGCUCUGUGCGAUAUAUCGGAGCCAUCGACUAUGGGAACCACAUGGGGGCAUACUGGCACCUGUGUCACUGUCGGCUUCAUUAACCAUAACAACGUUAGACAAGCCCGCAUGUGCACUGAACUGGUCAAAAGGCGUCGACUUUCUUCACAGUCUCACAGCCGCGAUGUUCACCUCAGCUGGGCCUCCAUGGCUGACAAACUUAGCCGACAAGUAGAUUCGCUGAACCAAAGGUGUGUGGAACAGCUCAAGCAGACCGUUUCCUACUUCAACGGCGCCACAGAGUUCAUUGAUCCACACACUGUCAAGGUGCACACCGCGUGUGCAGCGUCGAAGAUACUGACGGCCAAGUACUUCAUCCUGGCCACAGGCACGCAACCAAAGUGUCUCCAAAUCGGUGUCAGCGAGGACAUACCAGCUGGUUCUUGCGUGUCCAGCGAUGAUCUGAUGUCGUUGCCCUACGCUCCUGUAAAGGCACUGGUCGUAGGGGAUUCUUACUCAUCUUUGGAAUGGACAGCAUUCCUGUGCACGUUGGGCUCGGUGGUCACACUGACCGUGGAUCACAUGAUUUUUCCUGGACUGGAUCGCGACGUUUGUGACGAAUGUAUUAAAUUCUUGGAAGAGGAUGGGCUUCGCUAUUUGCAGCCAUGCACUGUUCGAAAGGCACGAAAGCUGGAAGAAGGGUUUCCAGGAACCGUGCGCGUCACAGUCGAUCAUGGUGGGCUGGAAUUUACUGAAGACUUCAGUACGGUUGUCGUGCCAGCCCUGCAAGGACCAUACACGGAGGACCUGCAUCUGGAGAAGGCCGGCAUUGGGAUGCGCAACGGGAAAAUCCGCACCGAUCAUGAACGCACCGACGUGGCGCACAUCUUCGCCAUAGGGGAGAGGUUCCUGGAAGGAAACUGCGCGUACGUGGCUCCGGUGUGCAUAGACGCAGGAGUUCUCCUAGCCAGAAGACUCUUCACCAACGACCAGGUUUUCUGCGACUACAGCAACAUGCCCCCGUCGGUGUUCAUGGCGUUGGACUACGGGUGUUUCGGCUACAGCGAGCAAGAAGCCGAGAAGAAAUUUGGUCGUGACAAAGUAAAUGUGUACCAGGCGCGCUUCAGCUCGUUGAAAUGGGCAGACCAUUGCAGCAAGGCGUCUUCGUGUCUCGCGAAGCUGGUAUGCGUCUCGCCCCAGAAUCGUAUAAUUGGAUUCCACUAUAUCGGGCCGGACACUGCCGAUGUGGUCCAAGGAUUCGCACAGGAAGUCAAACUCAAUCCAAUGAAGAAGUACAUCAGUUCGGUCACUCACGCAAAUCCCAUCUGCGCAGAGAUUGUCACCAACUUGAAGGAGCGCAAGAGGACACCGAGCAAAGACGUCAUCUGAGCAUACAUUUCGCUCGUGAUGUCCAACGUGUUCACGAUUAUAUAAAAUUACAAUAUAUUGGCAAUAGGAAUAUAUUUUUGCACGCAUAACCGUUAUCACCUAGUUGCGUGAUAUGCUUCCGAGCAUUAAAUUAUUAACUUUC